CAGCUUGGGGAUCCUUCCGCUCUGUUUCCUGCUCUCAGGUUUCGCACCAGUUGUGCCCCCAUGCCCUCCGGCGCGAUGUGGAGGAGCUGCCUCUGCCUGCGGGAUGGGUGGCGCCGUCUCCUGAACCGACCCUCCGGUGGUCCCACGGCCUCCGUGGGGAAGAGGGCAAACAUCCCGUUCCCAUUCCGGGCCUACGCUCCCCCGGCGGAAAGGAAGAGAUUCUAUCAGAAUGUCACCAUCACACAGGGUGAAGGCGGCUUUGAGAUAAACCUGGACCACAGGAAGCUGAAAACUCCCCAAGCCAAGCUCUUUACUGUCCCCAGUGAGGCCCUGGCCAUCGCAGUGGCCACUGAGUGGGACUCCCAGCAGGACACCAUCAAGUUCUACACCAUGCAUCUGACCACGUUGUGCAACACGUCUUUAGACAACCCAACGCAACGAAACAAGGACCAGCUGAUCCGGGCAGCUGUGAAGUUUCUGGACACGGACACCAUCUGCUACAGGGUGGAAGAGCCAGAGACAUUAGUGGAACUUCAGAAGAACGAAUGGGACCCAAUCCUAGAAUGGGCUGAGAAGAGGUAUGGCGUGGAGAUUGGCUCCUCCACCAGCAUAAUGGGGCCCAGCAUCCCCGCCAGGACUCGGGAGGUGCUCGUCAGCCACCUGGCAUCUUACAACAUGUGGGCCCUACAAGGGAUUGAAUUUGUCGUGACCCAACUCAAGUCCGUGAUGCUGACCUUGGGCCUGAUGGACCUGCGCCUGACGGUGGAGCAGGCCGUGCUGCUGUCACGCCUGGAGGAGGAGUACCAGAUCCAGAAGUGGGGCCACGUGGAAUGGGCCCAUGACUAUGAGUUGCGGGAGCUCCGGGCACGCACGGCCGCAGGCGCCCUCUUUAUCCACCUCUGCUCCGAGAGCACCACGGUCAAGCACAAGCUCCUGCAGGAGUGAGGCGGGCAGUGCGCAUGGCACGCCGGGGACAGAGACUGCGGAGCCCCGGCUCCCAAGCCUGCAGACACACGGCUGGCUCCACACGGUGUCGACUGAGGGCCUGAGACAGUGCGGUGGUCUGGAGGGCAGCUCGAGUCCACCCCAGGGCCCCUGCCCUCGCCAGCAGGGGGAUAAGGUGUACGAGUGGCUUUCUCAACCCUGACUGUAUUACCUACUCCUCCACCCGGGAAAGAUGUUGAGCCCCGUUUUCCUUUGCGCCUCCACAUACCUCAUCUCCUUGUUAUACCUGGGUCUCACCUAGAUCCCCAGCAGGCUGGUACCUGCCGCCUCUCGUCAGGCCGUCAGCAAAUAGCUCCAUGAACUCUGUCUCUGUGGGGCCCUCGACCCUCAGCCCAGAAGCUUUCCCCCGGGUGUUUAGUCAAACGAUCUUUGGAAAGUGUGUCCUUUUUGGUCUAAGCUGAUUGUUUCUACUAUUUCAGGAAAAAAGUAAUAAUUUACUCUUGAAAGUAGAAAUGCCCAUUAUUUCUGAACUAAAAGCCCGGGCGGCCUGGGCAAGGCACCCUGACGGGCAUGUGGCUGUCUGCACAGUCCUGGGAGGCGGGGUGCCGCGUGCCAGGGCCCGGGGCUCAGAAAUUGCAGUCCGGUUUCAGGAGCGUCGGCUUUCUGAGUUGCAAAGGGCAUCACUCCCAGUCCUGGGGCCCUGGCCACACGCCAGGUGCUUGGCCACUCAUCCCAGGCUUGUGCUCAGAGGAGGCAUGCUCACGCCCGCACUACACAGAAGCUCUGGCUGCACGGGUGACGUGGACGCCCGCCUGUGCUCUCCACCUCCGGAGGGUCUCUGCGUCCCUGCGGCCAAGCUCAGCCACGCAGCCGCAGCCUCUGCCUUGUGCUGCUGCGCCUCGGCGCUCUGGCUUCCCUCCUCAGCACCCAGAGGAGUGCAGCUGGGUCCAUACUGGCCGACUCCCCUGCAGCCGCAGCCGCAGCCGCGGCCUGCCAGCCCGGCAGGGGAAUGGCGCAUGGCCAGGAGCGCAGCCCACCGCACGCCCUGGGGAAUGGCUCUCAGGAGGCGGGCUUACUGCUGCUCAUACAGGAACAUGAAAUUCUGAUACCUCUCUAAAGAAUGGAGAAACGGUGACACCGGUCCUUUAUUUCUGUCCACAUUUGGGAGUUUGGG